AUGUCUUAUCUCAGUCUGCCUAUCGAGGAGCUCAUCCGGCUACGGGUCUCCAUCAGAGUCCUUGAAUCUGGCGGAUUCGCCUUCAACCUUCAACCCUCAUCCAGUGAUCAGACGGGGAAUGACGACAAGAGUCGCGUUCUCCAGCCCUCGUACUCAGUCAAGAUUGAGGCAUCAGAGGACAAGGAUGGGCAUGUUCUGCGUAUUUUCGCCGUCUGCGAUGUCACCUCGCCGCAAAACCAGGAUCCCUUAUCUAAUAAGAGUCCCUUUGAGAGCACAACGUCCGGCAAGUCCUCUAUUCCUGGGAACGUCCAAUACAUGUCAUGGAAGAUUACUUGCAGGCCUACGCGAAACAUACGGAAAUACCAUGAUGGUCAUGCUCGCAACGUAACGACGACUCAGGACACACUCUACGCACAACUUCUCCCCCAUGAUGAUUGGUCAUUCACAGAUCUGGAAAUGCAACAGAUUGUUCAGAGCAUGUGCGGAGCUACUGACCCCGAUCGUCGAGACGUGGGCGCUGCAACAUACGGUGAAGUGCUCGCGUCACAAGAGUCGAGCGCCAGAUCGUCGGCGACUACAUUGGUUUCUACUCCUGCGUCGCCAUCCUCUCCUGCAACGGAGCGCUCGACCUCGUUCAAGGAGAGCGAUUGUGAAGGCGUGUCUCGUACAUCACACAAGGGGGGAAGGCGCAAUCACCAGUGUCCGCACUGUGCGCGCCGUUGCACAAGCGAGUACACUCUCCAAACCCAUGUUCGCUCCCACAGACCGAAGGCUCCUAAAUCGUUGCCAUGCACGAUGGGGUGCACACGGGCGAGUGUGCGAGUGGGUCUGUCAGUCGUGCAGAAGGUUCUUCUCCACCGAAAGGACACUCUCCAACCAUGCAUGCCGGACUGUAGGGCCUACGCGUUGGGAGGUAUAGCUGCCGCUCGUAUAUAUAUGGAAAUGUUAGAACGUUCCGAUGGUAGACUUGAUUCGUGUAACAACUAUUGUCGGGGCAGGAAGUAUCAGGAACACUUUAGAAUGUACAAACACCGUAUCAAGGAUGCAUUCAUUUCUGGCCGUUUGAAUUGCUGAGACGUACUGUUGAGAGAUGAUGGUGACGCUCGAAAGAGCAACCAACAAAAAGACAUAGACCUUAACAACGUUGGCUACAUAUCGACCUCGACGCUGACUCAAUUGCUCAGAAUAUCGUUGAUGUACAAUUGGUCUAAGUAAGAGAGACCGCUGAGCGGCAGGCUCGCGUUGCAUCUAUUGCGACCUACGCCACAGUCAUUGGAGAGGAAUGGCGACGUUUGAACGCGCACGUGAACGGCAGAGGGCGAUUGAAGAGAGUGGAGCCCGUAUACCAUUCUCCAGAAACCUCCACUGGUUUUCCGUUGGAAUCCGUAGCUCUCGUAAUUUCAUAUCUUGCUAGGAUGCUUGCCACAGUGAUCCAGAUCGACGCGAUGGCAACAUGCCGGCCAGG